UCAAUAGAAAGUUUAAGCUGAAAAAGUUUCGUUCUAAGAUGCCCGCUGCUGUCUCUCAGAGUCAACUAACUCUAACGAGUACCAUCGAAUCUGGCAAAUUCAAGAACCCGCCAUGGUGGAAUCGAAGAUCAAGAUUGGAGAGGACCCUUUGCGGGAUGUCAGUAGUUGCCCUAUUGAUGUUCGUAGCUAUGGCCAUAGCAUUGGCGGUCAUAGGUUAUCAUUACCAAAAAACAAUAGAUUCAAGAUCAAAUGACAUACCAUCUACCGCCGAUAAGUUAAUUGAGGAUAGUAAAGGCAGCGAAAAUUAUUAUUCAGAUACAGCAAACAUUUGCCUUACUCAAGGUUGCGUUAAAGCAGCUGCUCUUCUUAUAAAUAACAUGGAUCAGACAGCAGAUCCUUGCAAAGAUUUCUACAAAUUCUCGUGCGGAGGAUGGGUGGAAAAGCAGGUCAUCCCUGAAGAUAAAACAUCUUUAUCUGUUUUUUCACUGCUUCAAGACGAACUUAAUCAAAAAUUAAGAGUAAUGGUUGAUAAACCUUUAAAUGACUCCUCUCCAGAUUUCAUUGUCAGAUUGAAAAACAUGUAUGAGUCUUGCAUGAAUUUAACCGAAAUCGAGAAAAAAGAUGCCGAACCUUUAAAGAAAGUAUUAAAAGAAAUGGGUGGAUGGCCAGUUAUCGAAGGUCCCUCUUGGGAUGGUUCCAACUUCGAUUGGAUAGACACACUUAUUCUGUUCCGAAAAUAUGGAUACAGUCACGAUAUACUCCUUGAUUUAUCUGUAACGCCCGAUUAUAGAAAUAACACCAACCAUAUUGUCGAUUUGGAUCAAACUUCUUUGGGGAUGCCAGACAGAAGUUAUCUGUUAAAAGGUAUAAAUGACACUACAGUAUCUGCCUACUUUCGUUUGAUGGUGGACAGUGCAGUAUUUUUGGGUGCAGAUCGAGAGAGAGCGGAAGAAGAACUUACUAAGAGUUUGAACUUCGAGAUAACAUUAGCAAACUUCUCUCUUCCAAGAGAAGAAAGAAGAAAUAUCAGCAAGUUAUAUAAUAAAAUGACUGUUAAAGAUUUAGUAAAAUUAGCACCUAAUAUAAAUUGGCUGAAGUACUUCAAUGGUUUACUCAACGAUCCUAUUACCGAAGACGAACUUGUGAUCGUAAAUGUUCCGGAAUUCAUUCGUAAAUUCGGAAUUCUCAUCGAAGAAAUCGAUAAGACUACUUUAGCUAAUUACAUGCUAUGGAGAAUGGUCGGUCAGUCUAUGUCCAUAUUAACUAAGAAGUGGAGAGAUCGUGCCCAAAAAUAUACAUCCGUAAUUACUGGAAAAACGAGAGAGGAACCACGUUGGGAACAAUGUAUGGGCUCUUUAACUGGUAGUCUUGGUGUAUCGUUAGCUUCAUUGUAUGUCAGAAAUCAUUUUAAACAAGACAGUAAGAAAGAAGCAUUAGAAAUGGUUAAUUAUGUCCAUAAAGAAUUUUUAAAAAUACUGGAAGAGAUCACCUGGAUGGAUGAAGUUACUCGUGAAAAAGCCAAAGCAAAGGCAGGCACUAUAAGAUCAUAUAUAGGUUAUCCAGAUGAGUUACUAAAUGACACAAAGAUAUCAUCACUUUAUGAAAAUAAAGAAUUCCCUGCUGGGAUCUUACAAGGUACAUUUUUUGAUAAGGAAAGACCAGCAUACAUGAAUUAUGGAGCCAUAGGUUUUGUAAUAGGGCACGAAAUUACACACGGAUUUGAUGACAGAGGGCGUCAAUUCGAUAAAGAUGGUAAUAAUGUUAAUUGGUGGGAUUAUGAAACUGAUGGCAAAUUCAAGAAAUUGGCACAAUGCAUUAUUCAGCAAUAUGGAAAUUAUACUGUUCCAGAAAAUGGCCUAAAGAUUAAUGGAGUGAACACUCAAGGUGAAAACAUUGCUGAUAAUGGAGGAAUUAAAGAAGCAUUCAGAGAUCCUAGCGUGUACCGAGGUUAUGGAUACAUGAAUUAUGGAGCCAUAGGUUUUGUAAUAGGGCACGAAAUUACACACGGAUUUGAUGACAGAGGGCGUCAAUUCGAUAAAGAUGCAAUAUGGAAAUUAUACUGUUCCNAUUUUAUUUUUUAUCUUAAUUUUUGUAGGGUUAUAGGUGUUGCAUCGAAUUCCGCUGAAUUCUCUAGAGUUUUUAACUGCCCGAAAAAUUCCCCAAUGAAUCCACAGAGAAAGUGCUCUGUAUGGUAACAAACAAAUCAUCAUUAAUGAUCUAUGUAAAUAUAUAGUAAAUCAUCAUCCAGAUCAUCUACAUUAAUUAAUUAUUCUUUACUUUCAAACGAGUUCCUUUAAUUUUAUUUUGAUUUUAUUUAAUUUUUCGAUUAAUAUAACAAUUUUAA